AUGCCCAUCACCAAGACGAGCAAUGUGUUCUUUCUCGGAGCAACAGGCUAUUUAGGCUCCCAAUUUCUGGUGGAUCUCGCGCGAGAGCUUCCUGACUUCACGAUAACCGCCCUUGUUCGUGCAGCCGCCGAGAAGGAGAAGCAGUUGAAGGCGCUGUACCCCAAUAUCUCGAUUGUGGAAGGCGUGCUCGAGGACGAUGCGAUCAUCGAAGCUGAGGCAGCCAAGGCCGAUAUUGUCGUCAAUGCUGCGAGCUCUGAUCACAUCGGGAGCAUAAAAGCGAUUCUCGCUGGUUUGGAAAAGGGCUCCGCUACCAGACCGGGUGAUCCUCCGUUUUACCUCCAUGUUUCUGGGACGGGCAUGCUCAGCGAUAAUGUUCGUGGUGAAUACGUCGAGGAAUCACAGAUCAAAGAGUGGUCCGACCUCGGAUUCGAUCUGGCUACAUCCGUGCCAGAUAACAAGCAUGUUAAAGAGGACAAGUUGAUCGUGGCGGCUGGGUCCCGCAAGGAGAAUCCCGUUCGAACGGCAAUUAUUUGCCCUGCGUGGAUAUACGGUAUCGGAGAAGGGACACAGAAAGUGACAUUACCAGUUAGGAUAUUCUUGGAUAUGUUCCAGCGCAAUGGCAGUGCAGGGACGUGGGGUCCUGGCUUGGUAAAGAUGAACAACAUACAUGUCAAAGAUGUCUCCAGUGCGCUUUUGGUUGUUCUCAAGGCCGCGUUAGAAGGCAAGGCCGACGAAGGUGCAGAGGGGAUUUAUUUCGCGGCUAGUAUGGAGCCAAGAGUGACUAACCAUGAUAUCGCUGCAAAAUUUGGAGAUAUCAUGCACGCCAAAGGCUUAGUACCAGAAGGAGGCUCCAAGCCCUUCCCUGACUCUGUUACUGAACCUCUUGGUGAAUAUGGGUGGUCUCUGUUUGGGGGGAACUUCUAUACCAGGCCCGACCGGCUGACCAAAUUCGGGUGGAAAGCGACGGAGUCGACGAAGAAGACAUUGCUCGAAUCUUUGUCGGAUGAAAUCGAUGAGGUGCUGCAGAUUGAUGAACGGAAAAGGGGGUAUAAUCCUGGUCAAUGA